UCAACAACGUAUAACGAUUACUAUGUGCUACUGUUUGCUCCUGUUGGUCUCUACAUCCCUCUACAUCCCUCUGCUGGACUUUGUCGGCCCCUGCUGACCGCUGUUGACCACUCCUCCUGAUACUCCCGACAACGUAUAACGAUUACUAUGUGCUACUGCUUGCUCCUGCUGGUCUCUACAUGCCUCUACUGAAUUUACAUUUUCAAUCUCAACGUAUGUUUUGACCAAAUCGACUAACCCAAUUGAGUUGUGAAAUAAAAUUUUAGAAAAAAAACAGCGCGAAAUGACGUUUACUCUUUCUUCGACCUUGACCAAUUUCGACGUUAGUUCUAUUCCAAUUGACUUUUAACGAACGUAACGAAAGACAGAAUAGUGCGUCCAUAGGUUUCUCUCUUCGAAGUGACCGAGUGCCUAUACGUAGCAACGUAAGUAAGCAAGUACCUACAAAGUACAACUAGUAGAACGUGCUCUGUUCGACUUUCACUCGAUGGUGUGGAAUAAAGAAGAAAGUGGGGAUGCACGUAGAGAAGAACGGUAAGAGAUUCCGAGCGAAGGUAGAGAAAAGGUGGGGGGCUCGGAGAAAUCAAAACUAACCGACCGUAUGGAUGUUAGUAAUGCUAUUCGUCUCUACGCGUGAUCAAACAGUUUCAACUUUACCAAAGUGAAACAACGCUCGCGUGUUACGCAGAAACAAACUUUAGAAACUUUCAUUUGGCAAACGUCUUAACGCGCCGCUGGCCAUCAUCGUCAUGACAAGACACGCUUCUUGGACGGUCGUGAUCUUCGUGACACUAAUCAUCGCCUUUUUCCUCGGGUUAAUUACUGAAAGUGCAGCAACGAUAGCACAACCAAAGGCACCUAAUUUUCAAUACUUCGAGAGGCCCAAAUACCGUUAUCCAUACUAUGAUGAAAACGGCAGAGGAAAAUUACUCUAUGGCUAUGGAGGACCAGAUCUUUACCAGUAUAAAACUUAUAGUGCCCUUGAAGGAAUCCAUUAGUAUUGGAA